AUGGCUCCACCUCUUCCUCUGAUGUUUCUGCUCGUGAUUCCACGGGUUUAUAGUGCUGGUUGGAGUGUGAGUUACAGCUCUAAAUACAUCUGUGCACUAAAGGGGUCAUCAGUGAUAAUGUCCUGCACUUAUAAAUACCCUCCUGGAUAUAAGAUCGAGAAAGUGUUCUGGACCAAAACUGAUGUUCAGGUUAAUGAUGAGUACCCAAAUCUGUCUAAUGACCCUGAAUACAGUCAGAGGAUUCAGCAUCUGGGAGAUAAACAGCAGAACUGCACCAUCAGACUGAAUGAUGUGACACGGAAGGAUUCACACGAGUACUAUUUGAGAUUCACAACUGAUAAACCUGAUGGAAGAUGGAUUGGUGAACCUGGAGUGACUCUUGAUGUCACAGAUCUUCAUGUGGAGUCUCCUGAGAGCGUGACAGAGGGAGAUACAGUCAGUCUGACAUGUAAAAGCACCUGUAAUCUGACUGACAGAACAACAUUCAUCUGGAGGAAAAACACACAGUCAUUAACUGAGAGAAACAAUAAACUCCUCCUGCAGUCAGUCAGAAGAGAGGAUGCAGGCAGAUAUAGCUGUGCUGUACACGGACACAAACUCACAUCACAUCAUGUUUAUCUCAAUGUUAAAUAUGCCCCAAAGGAAACUUUUAUAGUGAUGAGUCCAUGUUGCAAAAUAGUGGAGGCUGAUUCAGUGAAUCUGACCUGCAGCAGUGAUUCAAACCCACCUGCUCUGAACUACACCUGGUUUAAGGAGAAUACAACUGUUGGAUCUGGAGAAAUCUACAGCAUCACAAGUAUCUGCUCUGAUCACAGUGGAGAAUACAAGUGCAAGUCCAGAAAUGAAUUUGGAGAGAAAUACUCUGCUGCUGUCACUUUACAUGUCACAUCAGUCAGAUGCAUCUCUUUCUCAGUAGCUAUCGCUGUGGCCCUUGUGGUCAAGUAUGGCUGCUUUGAAAUACUUGGAAAUGGUGCUUGUGUGGGAGACCUUGGUUUGAGUCUUUCCAAGCAAGAACAGGAGAAAGGAUCACGAAACGGCGAAAAGGGUGAAAAAGUAUGUGGACUCCAGUGA